AGAGCGUCCAGUUCGUGCGCAUCUCUGGACUCGCGAGUAGCGGGGCUCACGAAACAGCUCGACAACUUGCAUCUGACUGUUACACCCUCGGACUCACACGGAAGAUCUUCAAACAUGGGUUGCUUCGAGUGCUGCAUCAAAUGUUUAGGCGGCGUGCCGUACGCGUCGCUGGUGGCGACCAUCUUGUGCUUCUCAGGCGUGGCCCUCUUCUGCGGCUGCGGUCACGUGGCGCUCACGGGAACCGUCAGCAUCCUUGAAAGUCACUUCUCCAAGGUCGCCAGUGAUCACGCCAUGCUCACCGACAUAAUACAACUGAUGCAGUACGUCAUUUACGGCAUCGCCUCCUUCUUCUUCCUGUACGGCAUCAUCCUGCUGGCCGAGGGCUUCUACACCACCAGCGCCGUCAAGGAACUGCACAGCGAGUUCAAGACCACCAUCUGCGGGCGCUGCAUCAGCGGAAUGUUUGUGUUCCUCACCUACAUUCUGGGCGUGGCCUGGCUCGGCGUAUUCGGCUUCUCCGCCGUGCCCGUCUUCCUCUUCUACAACAUGUGGUCCACCUGCGCCACCAUGAAGUCGUCCGUGUCCAACCUCACCGACAUCGACUCCAUCUGCGUGGACGUUCGUCAAUACGGAAUCAUCCCAUGGAGCGCAACACCGGGGAAGGCCUGUGGAUCCACGUUAGGUGACAUCUGUAACACCAGCGAGUUCUACCUGUCAUAUCACUUGUACAUCGUUGCCUGUGCCGGAGCCGGAGCCACUGUGAUAGCUCUGCUGAUCUACAUGAUGGCUACCACUUAUAACUUUGCCGUUUUGAAGUUUAAGAGUCGAGAAGACUGCUGCACUAAGUUUUAACUUCAUUUUCUUUUUUUUUUGGUUGUUGUUGUUGUUAUUGUUGUUUUUAACAACAGCGCGGGCGCUCGCCGCCCAAAAAAACAACUAAAAACAAUAGACAGGAAAUCUCUCGUAGAACAAAAUGUAAAUUGCUGAUUGUGCGUUUUUUUUUCUUCCUUUUUUUUAAAUUUCUCGCGAGGAUGCCUAAUGACACUUGUUAUUAAGAAUGGAGCGUUUAGAUGACUAGCUUGGCCCACUCACUUCUAGAUGAUGUCACCUGAUUUUCUCGCCACAUGCACGCCUAGAAAACCGCACCAGUAUUAUUUAUCUUCUUCAAUUCACAUGCUCAAAGAGAGGACAGUAUUUAGUCAUCAGUAUUCACUCGACAUCAUUGGAUCCGAUCAAAUGCAACACAAUAUAUAAGUGCAAAUCAUUGAAAUGGUUUACUUAAUAUCAGACGUGAUUAAUUUGAAGGCCUUAAAGUUGUCACGUGAGCACUUGCGCCUUGUAUAGUUUACAUCGAGCACACAAGGGCUCAUAUCUGGUAUAAGUCACGUUUUCAUGUCGUAUUAGAGCCACACUGAAAAGAAAAUAAUUGGUAAAACUAUGGGGGAGAAAGAGCUGGAUUCAUAUGAGAAUAUUGUGAGGAAAAAAAAGGCAGAUUGUUGAAAGCAACGCAUUUUAUUUUAUUUUUUGUUCAAAAAAGUCAGAGUUGGUAAGAAAUUGAUAAUAUAAUUUUUAAUAUUCCAAGAAAAAUUCAUUGUUAUUGGAAAAAUAAGUUGCAACAUUAAAAGAGUUGUUGUCAGUACUUUCAAUAUGUGAACAUUAAUAUUUAU